CCUGCAGAGCGCUGUAACAUUUAAUUCACAUAAUUGGCUAAACCAAGAACCUUUUCUACCCUCAAGUUCGUACACCCAACCCCGCGGCUGCCAGACGGUAUAUAUGUGGCCUUUGAGUCUCAUGCUAAGUAAAUGGUUUUCUCAGCCCGUCACGGGCUCUACUACUCUGAUUGUUAUCCCCGAUCGUCACAGGACCAAUGCCAAGCACACUAAGAUCUACGUCGGUGGAAAGACGCGCGCGCUGAAAUUCAGACCAGGACAGACCCGACAAUCGCAGUUUCCUAAUACCCUGACUCUCUGCGGACUUCUGAGUCAAUGCAUCUUGCACGAACUACUACUUAUAACCACAGGCGAACAUUGUAAAUUAUUUAUUCAAUAGUAGUAUGGCCACCUCACUGUACCUCGAUGAACUCCUUCAUGCGA